GUGUCAGAAGUCUCGCGAAGCCCGGCAUGCUGGCCGUCUCGCUCAUCUCCGGCUCGGCCUACACCUUGCCCUCGCGGGCGAGGGCUCCGCGCAUGGACGCCGCGGUGGCCAAGGACGCCGCGUUUGGCGCCUCCCACACCUCCUUCUACACCGACGCGGUCGCAAAGGACAGCUACGAGACUCUCGGCGAGGUCCUCGAGGCCAAGUGCGCCGACCCGGAGCUGCGGUCGGUGCUCGGUACGAUGUUCGACGGCUGCGGCACAAUCACCGAGGCGCUGCGUAAGGAGCUGGUCACGGUCGCCGAGAAGCAGGAGUCCGUCUUUGGCGACGUGCAGCUCGGAGUGGACGUCCUCGCCGACGACCUGAUGUGGGACAUCUGCAAGACGGAGCCGCUGAUAAAGGAGGGAGCCUCGGAGGAGGAGCCCGAAGUGCGCGAGAUGCACGCUGAUGGUAAGUUCUGCGUCUGCUGGGACCCGCUCGACGGGAGCUCGAUCGUCGACAAUAAUUGGGCCGUCGGCACGAUCCUCGGCAUCUGGGGCGCCGAGACGGGCAUCCUCGGCGCGACAGGCCGCGACCAGAAGGCGUCCCUCGUGGCGCUGUACGGGCCGCGCACCACCGUCUUUGUCACCCUCGACGACGGCGUCUACGAGUUCACCUACGGCGCAAACGGCGUCGACGGCUGGCUGUGCUCGCGUGACCGGAUUCAGAUCUCGCAAGAGUCAAAGAUCUUCGCGCCGGCAAACAUGCGCGCCGCGCAGGACCUGCCGAACUACGCCAAGCUCAUCGACUACUGGAUGACCAACAAGUACACGCUGCGCUACUCGGGAGGGCUCGUGCCCGACAUCUGCCAGCAGUUCACAAAGCGGCAGGGCGUCUUCGCCAACCCAACCUCCGAGUCGUCGCCGGCGAAGCUGCGUCUGGCCUUCGAGGCGGCGCCCUUUGGCCUGCUCGUCGAGAAGGCGGGCGGCAAGACCUCGGACGGCGUCUCGGGCGCCUCGAUCCUCGAUACCAAGAUCACGGGCAUUGACCAGCGCACGCCCCUCUGCAUCGGCUCUGCCUCAGAGGUGGACCGCUUCAACCUCGUGCUCGGCCUGGGCAAGUAGAGGCCGCCGCCGCUGCGAGUGGCGCCACGGCGCCCGGCGUCAAAGGUGUAGGCUCCGUGUGGCCUCUUGUUUUCUUGGUGGACGAUGUUGUGUCGAGAUGUGUGCGCUGCAGUGCAGUGGUCGCUCUGUCUCUCCCUCCCUCCCUCUCUGCUAAUGCAAUACGACUGCGUACGGUACUGUAUGGUUAUUGUCGCACCCUCGGGGUGAGCGCAUGGUUUACUACGUCACCUUGUUUGAAAUAGUGCCA